CAUAAACCACAUAACGCCACGGCGCUCCUCCAGAAGAAGAAAAAACGGUCGUCAAAGAAGCUGAUGAUCGCUGUGAGCAGCGCGAUUGCGGGAGUUAUAGGUCUUAUCACUCUCAUGGUGUUGGGUUACUUGCAGUGGAAGAAAGAGACGCGUCUGCAAAGCUGGAUAAGCAAUAAAGAUCCAGAGACGCGGCAGCUGAGCCUGAGCAUCCGAACCACCAGUGACAAGAAAAUCUCCUUUGAAGGUUCGCAGGACGGUUCCAUUUUGGAAUCCCACAACACACUUGUUGUUGUUGGCAAUGGCACCACUACUCCCCGAAAGCCCGUUCUAGAGAUUUACACGUUCGAGGAGCUGGAGAAAGCCACUGAGAAUUUCAGCUCAAGCAAUCACAUCAAAGGUUCCGUUUAUUUCGCUUCUCUCAAAGGCAAAGACUUGGCUAUCAAGCAAGUGAGCGCUGGUGUCAUGAAAAGAUUCGAUUUUGGGCUUCUCAACGAUCAGUCACACUACUACACUCACAAUCUGAUGAGGGUUCUCGGGACAUGUUUCAGAGAAUCCGACGAUGGUUGUUAUCUGGUAUUCGAGUAUGCAAAGAAUGGGUCCCUCUGGGAUUGGCUCCAGAACAAGUUGGCCAUCAAGAAUCAAUUCAUCGAGUCUUGUUACUGUUUCCUGGCAUGGAAACAGAGGAUCAAGAUCUGUCACGAUGUCGCCAUCGCCUUAAAGUUUAUGCAUCAUAACUAUGUUCACGGCAACAUCAUGAGCAGGAACAUCUUCUUGAACGAAGAUCUUCGAGGUAAAGUCGGAAACUUUGGCAUGUCGUCAAAGGAUGACAACAUUGCUUCUCCAGCUACUGACGUUUUCGCUUACGGGAUCAUCGUAAUGGAGGUUAUGUCUGGACAAACCCCAGAGAUGUUGCUUGGAACGCAAGAAAAAGAAGAGGAAAAUAGGGUUCCCGAGUGGAAGAGACUGAGAGGGGUAAUCACAGGGGAGAUGGAAAUGCUGAGGGAAGUGAUGGAUAGCACGUUGGGGGAGAGCUAUUCAGUUGAGUCCGCCUAUGAAAUGGCAAGACUUGCUACAGACUGUACUGCAGAAGAAGCAGAGUUAAGGCCGACCGCGGCUGAGAUUGUAGAGAGGGUUUCGAGAUUGGUGGAUGAAGACGACGACGACGCAGUAAUAAUAGAGAGAGAUCAUAAUAAUAAUACCUUGAUUUCAGAGAGUUCUUACAAGCCUUUGGUAAGGAAAGGUGGCAGUAGUAGUAUUAUAGAUGAAUUCUAA